AUGCUAGAAAUUGAAACGUUAUGUAGUCGACUUCAUAAUAAUACCGCCUUUCUUGGUGUCCAGCCAACAUUUUCCAAAACGGUUAAUAAUAUUGAUCAAUGUCGUGAUAUAUGUCUCGAAUCAUAUCCUUACUGUGUUGCCGUAAUAUUUUAUAAAAUAACCACUCUCAAGGAUCCAUUGUGCUAUCUGUUUAAUAAAAGUAGCAUUCAUCAAAAUGUUUUAUUAUAUCCGGAAAAACCACUAGCUGAAAAUGAUAUUAUUAAUAUUAUUGAAAUUGUUGGAAAUUGUCAUGAAUUUGAUGCUAUACCACCACUUUCGGAUAUUUUUACGACAUCAUCAGAUAAAGUUUCACGAAUUCGAAGAGCAAGUAAUUUUAAUAAACCUAUUAAACGUAAUGGAUUAUGGAGUGGAUGGACAAAAUGUUCCAAUGGUACAACGUAUCAGAUCCGAUUUCAAUCAUGUGAAUAUGGACGAUUAAUUCAAAAGCGGCAAUGUUCCACUAAAUUAUCUUCCAAAAGAUCAUCUUCCUUAUAUUCAUCACCAUUUCAUCCAUAUCCACCAGAACCAUACAAACAUCCUGAUAAUAAAUCUCCCGAAUAUGAGAGUCGAUCAGUACAACAUAAGAAACAGAUGCAACAGUUGCGGAAAAAUUGUUGUAAACGACAGAAUUGGUAUCGUGAACAUGUAGGCAAAAAUUAUAUAACUUUUUGCCGUCAUCCUUGUCCGCCACCCGACUUAUUGGAUAUUGAACAGGAUCCAGAAGAAUUAUCGCACGACAAACAGCAGCAAUAUAUCUUUUCAGAAAAGCCUAUAAGUCAAAUUCAGGAAUUCAGUAAAGGACAAUUGGAUGAAAUUAUAAUGUUACCCACUCCUCAGCAGGAGUUCUCCACACUUGCUCCCGAAGAUUAUCGUCAUGAGGAACAAGUACAACCACAGCCUUCUGAAUCUGAACGUGAUGAAUUCUAUCGCCAACAGGAACAACAGGAAUCCUCCACACUUUCUCCCGAAGAUUAUCGUCAUGAAGAAGUACAACCACAGCCCUCUGAAUCUGAAGGCGAUGAGUACUAUCGCCAACAGCAACAGGAAUUUUCCACAAUUUCGCCUGAAGAUUACCGUCAAGAACAACAAAUAUAUCCACCACUAUAUCCGCAGCCUUCUGAAUCUGAACUCGACGAGUACGACCGCCAGCAAGAGGUAAAACCACAGCCUUCUAAAUACCCAUCCGAUGAUUACUAUAGCCAACAACAGGAACAACAGAAGUUCCCGCUUGGAGAUUAUCAUGGAGAGCAAGAAGCACAACCACAGCCUUUUGUCCCAUUACCUGAUGAUCGUUACCGCCAACAGCAGCAGCAGCAGCAGCAGUACAUUGGAGAAACUCGUCAAGAUGAAUGGGCUACACAAUAUUAUCCGGAUAGGGAUUUAGUUCAUGAUGUUGAAGGAUGGAAUCCAUGGACAACCUGGUCAAUUUGUCCAAUUGUAUGUGGUGAUAGCGUACAAACAAGACGGCGAACAUGUCCAACUGGAAAUCAUUGUAAUGGUGAAACAAUUCAGGAAAGACCAUGUCAUUUUCGUCCAUGUGGUUUAUGGGCAGAUUGGAGUGAUUGUAGUCAUUGUGAAGGUCAUUAA